CACCUCCUACGCCUCCGCCAACAUCGGCCCCAAUUCCUCCUCCGCCGCCAUCAUGGCUCCCACCACCGCGCGAUUUCCCUUCGCCGCCGUGCCGCCCGCCUCCGAGCCCUUCCCCGCCGCCGCAUACGACGGCCCCCCUUCCCCGAUGAAGGCCUGCUCCACCCUCGCCAAGAAGAAGCGCGGCCGUCCCCGGAAGUACUCGCCGGACGGUAACAUUGCCCUCGGCCUCGCUCCCACCCAUGUCUCUCCUCCUCCCUCCGCCGCUGGGGCCGCCGCCUCCGGCGGCGGCGACUCUGCUGGCACGGCCUCCGCUGACGGUCCGGCGAAGAAGCACCGCGGAAGGCCUCCCGGGUCUGGGAAGAAACAGAUGGAUGCGCUUGGAGCUGGUGGGGUUGGAUUCACUCCCCACGUGAUCAUUGUGGAGUCUGGCGAGGACAUCACAGCAAAAAUUAUGGCUUUUUCUCAGCAAGGGCCUCGCACAGUUUGUAUUCUUUCUGCUAUUGGUGCAAUCUGUAAUGUCACCCUUCGACAGCCUGCAUUGUCUGGUGGUAUUGCUACAUUUGAGGGCCGAUUUGAGAUUAUAUCUUUAUCAGGUUCUUUGCAGCUAUCUGAAAGUAAUGGUGAACGUAGCAGAACAGGCACUUUGAAUGUAACCCUGGCAGGGUCUGAUGGACGUGUUUUGGGUGGCGGAGUUGCCGGAAUGCUAACUGCAGCAUCAACUGUACAGGUCAUUGUGGGUAGCUUUAUCGUGGAUGGGAAAAAAUCGAGCUCGAAUGUCCUGAAAUCUGGGUCUUCUUCUGCACCACCACCCCAUAUGCUAAACUUUGGUGCACCUACGACCCCAACUAGUCCUACCUCUCAAGGGCCUUCAACUGAGUCCUCUGAAGAACAUGAUCAGGCUCCUUUUUGUAGAGCCCCUCCUGGACCUGGACUCUUCAAUAAUGCGAGUCAGCCCAUUCAUAAUAUGCCAAUGUACCAUCAUCCUCUAUGGGCUGGCCAAACUCAUCAGUGAAGAUGUGACUUCAGAUUAACAGUGCAGAAGCAGGGUAUUUUGCAUGAUGCCUGUUCAAAGUAGUGGCUAGAGGCCAAUUCUAAAAUGCUAACUGCAUUUUUGAGACUGACUAUAGAACAGUCUAUCUUAAGGUUAAGCUUUUCAGUUAACUAGGAUUUAUUUUUCUUAUUUUAAUUCUAUAAUCGUAACAUUUCUAGUGAUGAUAGCCAAGGAUAUGCAGCCCAUUAUCCGAAGUCUGUCAUUUUAAAGUUUGCUGUAUGCAUUCCGCAGUUGCAGCAUUAGCAGAAUCAGAAUUUUAGCUCUCCA